AUGAGGCAGACAACUUCAAAUCCCUUCUCCUUCCAUAAUUCUCUGUGGACAUUUCUCGUCUCGAGAAUAUCCAUGUUCACCACAACCUCUUCUACCAAUGCCAACUCCUCCAACUCCUCCAAUGCCAACUCCGCCAACUCCUCCAAUACCAUCAACUACAAUACAACUCCCCACAUGACAUCCUAUCACCUCACACAUCCUAACAAGAACCUAUUGUUGAAUCUCAUUUCUCUCUUUCGUCAUUACAUUUACUCCAAUGAUCAAACCAAAUAUUUAUUUUAUUUCAUUGUCAUCAAUAUUCUAUUCAUGAUUCUUGAAUUAAUCUUUGGAAUUUAUAACAAUUCAUUAGGAUUAAUAUCAGAUAGUGCUCACAUGUUCUUUGAUUGUACAGCUCUUAUUAUUGGUUUAUAUGGAUCAAUCAUGUCGAAAUGGAAAUCAAAUCAAAUUUAUUCUUAUGGAUAUGUGAGAUAUGAAUAUUUGAGUGGAUUUAUUAAUGGAAUAUUAUUAGUAUUUAUUUCUAUUUAUAUUUUAAUUGAAAGUGUGCAUCGAUUGAUUGAUCCUCCCAUUGUACAUACUCAACAAUUAUUAUUAGUGAGUAUUAUGGGAUUUGCAGUGAACAUGUAUGGAGUGAUAUUUUAUCAUCAGGAUCAUCAUUCACAACACCACCACCAUCAUGAGGAGGAGGAUGAUGAAGAAGAAUCAUUGAUUUGGAAUGAGGAUGGCGAUGAAAAAAUACAUGACGUGUCUUCGUGUCAUCAUCAUUCACAACACCAUCAUUCACAUCAUCAAUUGCAACAACACCAUCAUUCACACCAUCAUUCACAUCAUCAUUCACAACACCAUCAUUCAUAUCUUCAUUCACAACACCAUCAUUCACAUCAUCAUCAUCAUGAUGAAAAUCUUUAUGGUGUCUAUCUUCACAUGAUUGCAGAUGCUCUUGGUAGUAUUGGUGUAAUUACAUCCACUCUUAUUGUACAAUAUUUUGGAUGGUAUAUUGCUGAUCCUAUUUGUUCAUUGAUUAUUUCUGUCAUGAUUCUCUAUACAAGUAUACCAUUAAUUACUAACUCUAGUCGAGUUCUAUUACAAAGAACACCCAUCCAAUACGAACAUAAAAUUAAUGAAUGUGUGAAAGAGAUUUUACAAUUAGAAGGAGUGGUCCAAGUGAGAAAUUUACAUUUUUGGGUUUUGAAAUCUAAUUUAAAUGUUGGAAGUUGUAAAGUAAUGAUCACCAAUCAAAGUAAUGAGCAAACAAUAUUGAAACAAGUCACAGAUAUAUUCAGAAAUUAUCGAUGCGAUCUUGAUAUGACGAUUGAAGUUGAAAAAGAUCCACUUCAAGUCAUGUCAUCUCAUUCCAAUGUACAUUCUGUUCAUCAGCAGUGA